AUGGAGGCCUCCCCACACGACGCCGCGCCUCCAUCAGUACCUACCGACACAUCAGCGGCCAGCAGCGCGAGCCUACACGAGCUACCGCCCCCUCCUAUACCGUCUUCUGACCCGAGUCUCGUUGUCGAUGCUGCUGCGUCCACGAGCGGGAGCGUCGGCCUCGGCGUCGGCCGCGACUCCCCAAUCACCUCCAAAACAGCGCCGCCGCCGCUGCAGGACCUAUUCAAGCUUCCGGCCGUCGAGGCGCUGCGGCUGCUCAGCACGAGCGUCGAGCUUCUCGUGCGCAUGACGGGCGACAUCCCGCCGACGCCGCCGCCGCGCACGCCCACCGACCCGCAGAUGAGCGGCCUCCAGGCCGAAAAGGAGAACAUUGUGCGGUCGCACUCGGACAAGAACCUCAACAACAUGGCACGACUACGCCCGCCACCAUCAUCAUCAUCAUCCUCGUCGACGCCGCCCGUCACGGGCAAGCGGCCCUACGACGAGGCGCACGCGGGCGGCAAGGCCAAGCUCCAGGCCUACAGCGCAGCCAUCUCAGCACGACUGGCCAGCCAAGCCGGCGCGGCGCCCGACGCCGCCGCCGCCAUCACCGACACGGCCGAGAUUGACGGCGUGACACUCAAGCCGGCCGCUGCCUCCCUGCGGUCCUCCUCGCCACCUCCCUACAUCAUCAUCGGAUCCGACUCGCAGCCCGUCAACGUGCAGCACGGCGCCAUCACGCGCAAGUUUUACAGCAAAAACGAGCCCCCCAUCAGCAUACACCACUACCUGCAGCGUCUGCACCAGUUCUGCCCCAUGAGCGCCGCCGUCUACCUCGCCGCCUCGCUCUACAUCCACCGCCUCGCCGUCGACGAGCGCGCCAUCCCCGUAACGCGCCGCAACGCCCACCGCCUCGUGCUGGCCGGCCUGCGCGUCGCCAUGAAGGCCCUCGAGGACCUGUCGUAUCCGCACGGCAAGUUUGCGCGCGUCGGUGGUGUGAGUGAGACGGAGCUCGCGCGUCUGGAGAUUUCGUUUUGCUUUCUCGCUGGCUUUGAGCUGGUGGUCCGCGAGGAGGCGCUGCGCGCGCACUGGACCGCCCUGCGGGAGGGCAAGGCGGCGCAGGCGCUGCAAGGGAUCGAGGUGAAGACGCUGCGGCUGGAUAGGAAGCCGCGCGAGGUGACGAUGUGA